AUGAGUCUUUGCAAAGCUUGUAAAACAGCCUUGCCCAACAUUCCAGCGUCAGGGGAUAACGAAGGCUUUAUCGCAGCAAUAUCCAAAGUACUGUCAGAACAUGGAAAUUGGAGCAGAAUGUCAGAUUCGCGUCUUGGAGAGAAUUGGUAUCGGUUUGGUUUCUUCCCUCUACACGCAUCGUGGAACUCCCUGGUCUUAUCAUUGAGCCAUGGCUGCCCUAUUUGUUGGACUCUUUGGCGAAACAUUCGAUCAUCUCCAGUUGCAUCGCCGAAUAAUGAAGCAAUAGCGGGAUUUUCGGCACUGGUCUUUUCAAUUCGAAAUUACCCCGCCUCGCGCGAUUAUGAGGUUGAGAUAUGGCUGAUGGGCGGUAAGCUAGAGACAAAGUUUUUGAGAUUCUCUAUACGGAAGAUAACAGAAAGGCAUUACCUGGAGGUCGAAAGAGAGUUUCCGCUUGUUUUGCAGCAUACCCCUAAGUCGGCUGCUGUCGUCGCAAACCGCUGGAUCAAAACUUGCGAGGCAAAGCACUCCCAGUGUUUAACGCAACCUACCCCACCAGAACAUGCAAGAAUGCCGACUCGACUGUUGGAUCUGGGUGACGUCAAUUCAAGGGUUUGGCGUAUCCAGCAGGAUCCAGGACAUGUUCCGUAUGCUGCGCUCUCUCAUCGAUGGUCAUCUGAUACACCUGAACUCUGUAGCAGCAAUUACAAGAAGUAUUGUAACUUUCAGCCGGAUACCGCCCUGCCACAAAGCUACCGAGAUAUCAUCUCUAUUUGCCGCGCUAUACCUAUCCAAUAUAUCUGGAUUGAUUCUCUCUGCAUCAUACAGGAUGAUGGCGGGUCUGAAUUCCGUAAUGAGGCUCCAUUGAUGAUGGAUAUUUAUCAAUAUGCCUUCCUUACACUGUCAAUUUGCUGGGACUUCCCUGGUCUUUCCAUAUUCCGUCGUUGUCAGCUUCGGAGUAUACCUCGACCGCGGGCUCCUGAGUGCUAUGGAAAGCAUGAUUGUGUAUCAAACUCAAAAGAAUGGGUAUUUGCCGAGGAGACUGUGUGUAACGACAUGCUACUUCAUGUGAGCGGAGCACCCAUAAACCAGCGGGCGUGGGUCUUACAGGAACGGUGCCUUUCGAGGCGGAUAUUGUACCUCGGGAACGAUCAAUUGUACUGGGAAUGUGACGGAUGCACCGGCAGUGAGGUCUCUCCUGACUCUAUCUCCAAGGAAGGAGGACGCCAAUCGAUUCAAGAUCUUACUGGGCCUCACAAGGACAUGGCCUGGAGUAAGACACUUUCGAAGUAUACCAGUAGCGACUUGACAUUUGAAAAUGACAGGCUUAUUGCCAUCGCAGGCCUUGCUAGGUUAGUCGCAAGUAAGACUGGCGGUACGUAUUUUGCUGGUAUUUGGCUGGACUCUUGGAUGCAAGACCUUCUAUGGGAGCCACCAGCAAAAAAAGCUCAAAAGUCAAAACUGAAGCUAGGAGGGCUCACUAUGGUGCUACCUUCGUGGUCCUGGUUGGGAUUUUCCGGAUUGGUUGCGACAGGUAUCGUUUUAUGCGGAAGGGGACCAAAGAUCUCAACUAGGAAUCCCAACUCAUUCGAGUCAGAUGAGUACCAGCCUCUGGCUUUAUUAAGCCAAACUGUGCUUAUUCCACCCACAAGCGACCCUUUCUCUUUCUUUGAACGAGCAAUUUUGAAGAUCCGAUGCCUGCGUUUGCCAGUAAUAUUCGCUGGCAACGCAAACAGGAAACAUCAAGAAUUGAUUUUUCGUCGAGAUUACGAUGUUGAAUUAUCUUCAGGAGGACUAGAUUGUUUCCGGCUUCAAGCAUGCGAUCCAUUUGAUGAUACUACUAUCACAUUUAGCUUCUCCCUUAGUAAGCCGGUUGACAUUUCUUUACAAUAUUUCCUCCUCCCCAUAUACCUACGCCAAGUUCGGACGUUCCCGUCAGGCUCACCGCGUGUUUCUGGACUUUUGUUGCAGAGAAGUCUGAGCGAGGGCCGCGAAGAGUAUACUAGGGUCGGAACUUGGCAUGAGACUUGCGAUUAUGCAUCUCCGCUCAGCCCCAUAAUCAGCAACACAAUUAUCAAAUUAGGCAUCGGGAAGAACUCAUCCCUUAAUCAUGGAAGCUUGACGGAAAACGAGCGCGUCUUUGACUUGAAACUUGGUCAGUAUGCAGCGGCUCAUGGUGAUUCGAAAGUGCUGAUAGGGGAGGUUUUCAAAAAUGCGGUUGAUCAUCAGUCAAAUAUUGAGGAACGUGACGAGAAGAUUGACAUUCCUGCCUCUGAGGAUACUGAACAGGAAGGGAAUGUAAGUCAGGAAGAAGAGCUCUUGAUACGCAAUGAAGAAGUCGAGUGUUCAUUGCUACCGCAUUUCACUACAGCGGAAUGGGGUACUAUCUCCUUAGUAUAG